UUUCGCCUUCAGCCUCCACCCGCCGCUCUCUCCGUCCUUUCUGUGCGUGCCUCAGAAACACGCUUUCUCUGCCGUUUUGCCUUCAGCAGAAGUUUAGAGGGACGGCUUACCGCUGAGCGUCCUGUCACCGUGACCCGCCGUUGACUCAUACAAAACGAUUAUGUAGGCAGAAAAAAAGAAAGAAAAAAAACAGGUAUGUGAGCCUGGAGGAGAAAAAAGGGCAGGGGAGUGGAAGAGCGCGUAGCAUUUUAGGAGAAACCAGAGAAGAUAAACCUGCAGUGUUUGUGGCUUAGAAAAGGACCAGAUGAAGAAGUGUCAACUGGGGGGCAGCGGUCAGCAGCGAGAGCGUGGCUUCAAACCCAAGCUGAGAAGGGGGCAGGUCUACGUAGGCUCCCCAUGGACCUUAACUCCAAUCCAGGAGGAGAUAGAGAGCGGAUGACAACCAACCAUGAGACCUACCUACUUAUGGCCAGCACCCAGAAUGACAUGGAGGAUUGGGUGAAGACGAUCCGGAGGGUCAUCUGGGCACCUUUUGGUGGAGGGAUCUUUGGACAGAAGCUGGAGGAGACGGUGCGGUAUGAGCGCCGGUUCGGGAACAAGCUGGCACCAAUGCUGGUUGAGCAGUGUGUGGACUUCAUUCGCCAGUGGGGCCUUCAGGAAGAGGGACUGUUCAGACUGCCAGGACAGGCCAAUCUGGUCAAAGAGCUGCAGGAUGCCUUCGACUGCGGGGAGAAGCCCUCGUUUGAUUGUAACACGGACGUGCACACGGUAGCCUCUCUACUGAAGCUGUACCUCAGAGAGCUACCUGAGCCCGUCAUCCCCUUCCAGAAAUACGAAGAGUUCCUGGCCAACGCCAAACUGCUCGGCAAAGAUGAUGAAAUGGGCAUGAAGGAACUGAAAAGACUGGUGGAGAGUCUACCUCCAGUGAACUAUAACCUCCUCAAGUACAUCUGCAGAUUUCUCGACGAAGUUCAGUCGUAUUCAGGAGUGAACAAGAUGAGCGUCCAGAACUUGGCAACGGUCUUUGGGCCGAACAUCUUAAGGCCAAAGAUUGAGGAUCCGGUAACGAUCAUGGAAGGAACGGUUCUGGUCCAGCAGCUCAUGGCCGUCCUGAUCGGCCGCCACGACGCGCUGUUCCCCAGAGGCGAAGACGAGCCGACGGCCCUCGAACUCGCCAACAACAACAACAUCGCCCCGCCGAAGGGACAAGUCGGCACGGCUGCCUCGGCCGUCAGCGCGCUGUCUCAGAACGCGGAGAACAACAACAACGCGCAGCUGAUGCGGCAGUGCGUCUGGGAGGCGGCCGAGUCUCAGUCGCAGCGCCCGCCGGCGGACGGCAGCGGCACCCCGCGAUCGGCGAGCCCCAGGACCGUUAUCCCCGGCCGCUUUGAAAUGACGCGCAGUCCACCCCUGCUGGUCAAGAAGAACCCCGCCUUCAGUAAAGGAAGUGGAAUCGUUACCAACGGGUCCUUCAGCUCCUCGCCCCCAUCAGACUUCGAGAAGACCCAGAACCUGAGUGGCGGGGGGAGUUUGCCCAUGCGUCGAAGCGGGGCGCUGAAGGCCACCAAAAUGGGCACCAGCGGGGUGACGAGUGGGGGCAGUCCCGCUGCCAACGGGACAGGCGCUCUUCGCCUGGGGAUCCCGGGUUCUGAUGCGAUCGCGGCAAGUCCAAACAGCCGCAGCGGCCUUUGGGUGCAGAACGGCUGCGUCGCCCUCCGGGAGAGCAACAAGGCCCGCGACGGCUCCAACAGUGGGGACCACACGACCAAUCAGAACCGCCUGUCCACGUACGACAACGUCCAGCUGAACCAUCAGAACCUGCAGAACCAGAUCACCAGCAUGUGUCUGAGCACCAGCUGUGAGGACAAGCAGAGCGUGGACAGCGCCACCUGGUCCACCUCCUCCUGUGAGAUCUCCCUCCCUGACAACUCCACCUCCUGCCGCUCCUCCACCACCACCUGCCCGGAGCAGGACUUCUACAGCGGGCAGUACGAAGACCUGGAUGCAGCAGCCCAGGAGGGCGAGCCCUCAGGAGGAGGCGGCAGGAGCAGCAGUAGGGAAGGGAGUGGAGACGGAGCAGGAGGGAGCAGUCGUGGUACCAGCAGCAGUGAUAACAGUGACUGUUUCAAUGCGGGGAACGGACCCGGCAGCCACAGCGCCCUGCACAGCCUGGUGGCCAGCCUGAAACAGGAGAUGCACAAACAGAAGACGGAGUACGAGGCCAGGAUAAGAAGCUUGGAGCAACGCAACCUGGAGCUGGAGACGGAGAUGGUGGGCCUCCACGAGGAGCUGGACCAGGAGAGGAAGAAGUACACCAUGGUGGAGAUCAAGCUGCGCAACGCCGAACGGGCAAAGGAGGACGCUGAGCGGCGAAACCAGAUGCUGCAGAAGGAGAUGGAGCAGUUCUUCUCCACGUUCAGUGACCUCACGGCGAGCGGCAACAACGCCGCCGCCACCGAGCCGCGCCGUCCGGACCGGAACAACGCCAUCUGGAUCCAGUGAAAGGAAGGCGGCGAAGACCGAGGCUCGUUGGUUCGUGGAUGUGCUGAUGGGAGCUGAAACAGGAUCUGGAUGCUGACUGAAGGAAAUUUUGGCUUGCUUUAAUAAAAAAAAAAAAAAAAAAGAAUGACCAUGAAUGGCUAAAAAAGGGAUACUUGUGUAAAUACAGACAUCACCUGGAGUGACGUCAGACUUGCGUUGUAUCUGUACAUAGCAUUAUUUAAACACCUCAUAGACACUCCUUAACUGCUCUGGUGCUCACUCACACUGGGAAGUGAAACAAAGACAACCUUCAUCAGUUUGUGACGGCAAACGGUACAUUUUAUGUCAGCUCUCUGGCCUGAAAACAUGGGAGGGAAGGUGAAAUAUGAAAACGCAUAAAAAAAAUAAUGACCUCAAACAUGGACCUAAAAAAAUAAUCAUGUCAAACUAACCAAUUCUACUCGUUUGUUCGUUCCCUGAACAUCCCGUUAGUUUCCGUUGUCACUUUGUAUGGACCCAUGUACAUAGGGGGGGAACAAUGCAGACGACUGGAGUCACGCGUUUGUAAAAAAGAACUGAAUCCAAUGCUUAUAUGUUAAUGGUAUUUAAGCGAAGUUAUCAUGGUGAUGUGUUUUAUAUCAGGAUUGUUUUUGUCCUUGCACUUCUAUGUCUGUCCAGCCUCCGCCAGCUGGUACCGAAUGUCCUGUCAGUCGAUGUGCACACCGUUUUCAGUGUAUUGUAUAUUUGCUUGUGCUUCUAUCCAGUUGCAUUUACUCAUGACCAAAAGGAAGAAAAAAAAAAA